UGUCAUUGUUGGCAGCAUCAGCAGGCAUGUAAAGAGGGUGGAGAUGGCACCUGGGGGCACCGGAUAAAGAGACCUAAUCGGCCACCCUGGACCAUUCCAGCUGGAUCGAAGUGACGCCCUCGUCCGCCCUCGCCCGUCCUCGUCCGCCCACGUCUUUUCCCAUCUUUCUUGACAGCUUCUUGCCAUGCCACCAAAGAAGAAGGAAGAGCCCGCACCAGCGCCAGCGCCCAAAGCGCCCGAACCCGAGCGCCCUAAGACCCCGGUGUUCAACCCCUCAUCUAUAACGCUGGAAUUCACCCCCGAGCAAAUUGAAGAUUUUAAGGACGCGUUCCAGUUGUUUGACAGGACUGCCAACAAUGAGAUGAAAAUUACCUACGGUCAGUGUGGGGAUCUGAUCCGAGCUUUGGGACAGAAUCCCACCAACGCCGAGAUCAUGUAUGUUCUUGGGAAGCCCAAAGCUGAAGACAUGCAGUCCAAGAUGUUGGACUUUGACCAGUUCCUGCCCAUCCACCAGCACAUCUGCAAGGCCAAAGAUCGCGGCACCUUCGAGGACUUUGUGGAGGGCCUGAGGGUAUUCGACAAGGAGGGCAACGGCACCGUCAUGGGCGCUGAGCUGAGACACGUCCUGGCAACGCUAGGUGAGAAGAUGCGAGAGGACGAAGUGGAGCAGCUAAUGCAGAACCAAGAGGAUGCUAACGGAUGCAUCAACUAUGAAGCUUUUGUCAAAUACCUCAUGGCCUCUUGAACAACAAACUUCAGUACCACUGUAUUUGUGUCUUUGUCCUUUUGGUGCUGCCUUAUUGUGCAUCAUGACAGCCUUCAUCUCAUCCCUGUGCAUAAUGCAGAACAAGGAACAGAAAUAAAUAACAUUUAAUAAGGAAAUAUUGUGUGUCUGUGUCACAAAUUUAAACCAU